AUGGAGCCCGGCGAAAAGAAAAUUACAGGUCCCGAAAUUAUAGAGAUCACAGCUGACAAAGUUGACAUCGCUAAAGAAGCACUUCGUGUAGCUAGAGAACGACAGAAAACUUAUGCCGACAAGAAAAGAAGGUCGGAUGAGUUUGAAGUUGGUGAUAUGGUGAUGCUGAAAGUUUCCCCAUGGAAAGGAGUUAUUCGAUUUGGAAAGGUUCUGAAACGUAUCAAAGAUGUGGCGUAUCAACUGGAAUUCCCUCCAGAAUUAGAUGGAAUUCAUAAUACAUUUCAUGUCUCUUACUUGAGAAAGUGUUUAGCAGAGGAAUCUAGUGUUAUUCCUAUUGAAGAUGUGAGAAUUGAUCCGAGGAAAAGAAUGAUUGAGGAACCGAUAGCCAUACUUGGGAGGAAGCAAAAGAAACUACGCCGGAAAAUGAUUGACCUUGUGUUGAUCAAAUGGAAGCAUAACCAUGGUGAAAGUCUAACAUGGGAAACCGAAUCAGUGAUGAAGGAGAAGUAUCCAGAGUUGUUCCUUUCUGAUGAGAUUCUGGGACAGAAUCCUCUUAAGGGGGAGGUUCGUUAG